AUGACCAUAAGGCCCCGUCCAGAACCCUUCGCCCCCUCGAACCUUCCUGCCUUCACCAGCUCUGGUUUGGGCAUAACCAGUUGGUCUCCACUAGAUAAUGGUGGCCACAGCUUCGUCCUAAAAAUCACCACUUCCCCUUCCUUCACCUCCACCACCCCCACUACCAGUGUCCUCAAAAUAUUCCGCUUCUACCUCGCACCCCACGGCGACAGCCCAACCGCAACUGCAUCCACAGGCCCAUACCACUAUUACAAUCUCGAAUCCGCCGCCUACUCCCGCCUCAAGCACUCCCGUCUAACCGGCACCACCGUACCAGAAAUUUAUGGCGUGAUCCACAUAACCCCUGAACAUGAACAUCACCUCGCCGUCAGCCAGGGGAUGAAAUCGCUAGCGGGCAUGCGCCGGCACUUUCGAGAAUUGACGGUGGUGGGGCUGUGGAUGGAAUAUGUUCCUGGUGCGCGAUUGCUGCCAAGGGACGCAGGUAGGUGGGCGGAAGAGUUGAGGACAGGCCUGACAAGGAUCCACGCUGCGGGGGUAGUGCAGGGGGAUAUUAACUGGAGGAAUUUAAUUGUAGGGGAGGGGGAGGGGAGCGAGAGGGGGGUUGCUUGGGUGGAUUUUAGCACGGCAAGGGUUAGAGGGGAAGGGGAAGGGGAAGGGGAGUGGGAGGAAAGGCUGGACAGCGAGAAGGGGAGAUUGGAGGGGCUGUUGGCGAGAGCCGGGAGGAGGAGGGGGAGGGGAUGUUAG